AUGAGCCAACAAGUGUCGCCACGGAGCACCUCGAAUCUUCAUAAUUAUCAGUUGCCAAAGGUAAAACCGGACGACCAUUUGUCGCCGAAUACUCGUGUACUCAUUACGAAACUUGAGGAUAGUAUGCUAAGAAAGAGUCGAUCGAUAAUGUCAAUGGUUUUCGGUCGAAAGAAGGCAAAAGAUCGCGCCGAGAAGGGACAUCCCUAUGUUGAGGCGUCAGUAUCACACGCUCUCGUCGUCAUCUUCCUCGAAUAUUUCGCGUGGGGACUGCUGACAGUACCCGUUAUCAAUGUACUCGCCGAAACGUUUCCCACCAACAAAUUUCUGAUGAACGGCCUCGUUUUGGGUGUGAAAGGACUCCUCUCAUUCCUGUCUGCUCCACUCGUCGGUGCCCUAUCAGACGUAUGGGGACGGAAGGCGUUUCUAAUUCUGACUGUUCUCUGCACGUGUAUGCCCAUUCCAUGUCUGAAAAUCAGUCCCUGGUGGUACUUUUCACUAUUCAGUUUGUCCGGUCUCUUCUCCGUCACUUUCAGCGUCAUUUUGGCGUAUGUCGCCGAUAUUACGGAUAAGUCGGAACGAUCAUCCGCGUACGGUCUCGUCUCUGCGACAUUCGCCGCCUCUCUGGUGACGUCACCGGCUCUCGGAGCAUACAUUUCAGAAGUCUACGGAGACGCUUUCGUCGUCCUUCUGGCGACAAUCGUCUCCGUCGCCGACGUCAUUUUCAUUGUGUUAUUCGUACCGGAAUCACUUCCGUCACGACGAAAUAUCGGCGGAACGACGGGCGGUUCUCAUAUCACACCCAAUGAGGUCUUCAAUUGGCAAUCGGCUGAUCCAUUCGGAUCGUUGCGUAUUGUGUGGGAGGAUAAGUUGGUCCUUCAACUCGCCACCAUCGUCUUCCUCUCCUACCUACCCGAAUCGGGUCAAUUCUCGUGUUUCUUCGUCUAUCUGAAACUCGUCGUCGGCUUCUCUCCAGAAGCCGUCGCCAUGUACAUCGGACUCGUCGGAAUUCUCUCAGUGGUGGCUCAGACCGGUUUCUUGCACUGUCUGACGUCACGAUUUGGAACGAAACACACGAUUACUCUCGGACUGAUAUUUCAACUCAUUCAGUUGACGUGGUAUGGGCUGGGAACACAAUACUGGAUGAUGUGGGCAGCCGGAGUGCUCGCCGCGAUGAGCUCCAUCACGUAUCCAUCGAUUUCAGCAUUCGUCUCAAUUCUCUCGGAUAAAGAUAAACAGGGCACAGUCCAGGGAGUGAUCACCGGCAUCCGUGGCCUGUGUACCGGUUUUGGCCCCGCCCUCUUCGGUACCGUAUUCUAUUUGUUCGACGUGGAUUUGGAGGAUGAUAAGACAGCUGGAGGAUUAUCCCUUGUGGCGCCCAGGAAGCUGCCCGAGAAGAUUUUGGCACCGCCGAGCAGGAAUGAGAGCUCUUGGAUCCAACAACAAGUCGAACGAGCGGCCGCAUUCGAUUGGCAAUUCAUUCCGGGUCCCCCAUUCCUGAUAGGCGCAAUGAUGGUCCUAUUCGCUCUACUCAUCAAUUCGACACUUCCACACACGCCGGCCGCCUCGAAAUACUUUAGACGCUCACCGACACACUCAAGACAGUCUUCCGAUACGGCACGUCUUCUUAGUGGCGAUUCGUCGCCGCAUUGUUAA